UUCUCAAUGCAAACACUAGCUGCUAGGAGGCUAGCAAAUCUGCUUGAUAGUCUUAUAGCUGUCAUAUAACCUUUGUUUAGCCUCGUCGAAUGUAAUUAUAAGAGAUUUUCAAGAACUCUCGAUUCCAGCAUUUCACCGCUGGUUUUCAGUCUGCUCACUGAAUGAUCUAAAUUAUAGCCAGAAAAACCCAUUUUUUUCCUCUUUUGGAGCAGCUCAGUCUUCAAGCUAGCUAACUUAGUUACGUUAACGUUAGCUGCACAGCCAUCAUGGCUGAAUUUGGAUUUAAUGAACACCAUCAGAAUGAAAUCAUCAAUUAUAUGCGAUUUGCACGUUCAAAGAGAGUUCUAAGGCUCAAAACUAUCGACUCAUGCUUCGAGGAGCUCAAAGAUAGCAGGCUGGUGGAGGAAACCUUCACAGUGGACGAGGUGAAGGAGAUGCUGGACGAGCUGCAGGCGGUGGUGCGUGGGGAGGUGGAGAUGGAGCUCAUCAACACAGCCCACACCAAUGUGCUGCUGCUUAGGCAGCUUUUCUCCCAGGCUGAAAAGUUUUACCUACGACUACAGAGUGAUAUCUCGGAGCUGGAAAACAGGGAGCUGUUGGAGCAAGUGGCUGAAUUUGAGAAGACUGACUUUAAAACCACCGAUAAGAUAAACAAAGAAACAAGCAAACCCAAGUUGGCCCCUCUGAAUGAAAGUGGAGUGUCUGAACUUCUCAACAAGGAGAUAGUGAGACUACAACAGGAAAAUGACAAACUGAGAGCGAGGCUCCGGACUUUAGAAUCCCAGGCCAUGAGUGCACUAGAUGAGAAAUCCAGGGCAGAGAGAGCUCUGAAAGACCUUCAGAGAGUGCAAGGUGAACAGCAGGUGGCUGCUCAAUCCAAGGAAAUCAACAGUCUAGAGGACACAGUGGCAGCUCUGAGAGAGGACUACGAAAGGUCUCUCAGCGCCAACGUGGCAACCCAGAAAGAUUUGCAGGACAACCUGAUCUCUUCCAAACAUGAGCUUCUGCGAGUGCAAGAGCAGCUGGCCUUGGCAGAGAAAGAGCUGGACAAGAAGUUCCAGCAAACUGCGGCCUACCGCAACAUGAAGGAGAUCCUAACCAAGAAGAACGAGCAGAUCAAAGAGAUUAGGAAACGAUUGCAGAGAUAUGAGCCUAAUGAGUGAGCUCCACCCCGGACAGCUGGUUUAACAGAUGUUUGCGGGUAUAAAGCGGGACCAAGAUUUACGACUGUGGUUUGGAUACGAAACCAUCUGAUCUUUUGCUGUAAGACAAGAGAGACAGAAAAAAAAAGCUCUUCCACGAGGAAACUUUUAUUCACGCUUUGUCUGGCAUUUUCACUAGUAAUCGGCUUUAGUAAAGAGUAGGAGCGGGAAGCUGGAAGCACACACACACACACACACACA